ACUUCAUUUGAGAACAAUAAUUUUGGUGCAAACUCGUGAAUGUUUACAACAAACUUCCAAUUAUGAAAUCAUUUUGUUUAUUGUUUGUGAUGAUUUUUGAAACGAAUUUAUGGCUUUCUUCGGACGGAUACUUUAUUUCAGGUUUUAACCUUGUGAAUGGGAGCUCUACUCACGAAGGACAUAUUGAAGUCCAGGUCAAAGAAGAAAUUGAUGACGAAGAUGACGAGAUCAAAUAUGGAGUCUUAUCGGACAUUGGCUGGACAAUUGACACGGCAGACCGGGUUUGUCAGAAUGUAGGCUUUCCCAAUGCUAUUUUUGCCCCUGGUCAUUCGAGAUUUGGCAAAGGGCAACACUCGAAAGUUUUCGAAAUUGGAGAUCCCCCAAACAGAGUUACACUGGUUUGUGUAUAUGAGGGAGACAGUGAUGUGGACAGCGGAGAAUCUGUAGCUGACUGCAGCCAGUUGAACAUACAGACCGCAGGUGUUACAUGUAAUAAACCCAAAUGUUUUCGAAUUCCCGGUCGCGAACGAGGUCAAGUCACAAUAAUAGAAGAAAAUGAAAUAAGAACCAACGAAGAUUGUCUGCUGCUAUGUCAGGGAGGAGGAACUCUCUUUGCUGCACAGAGAGACGAAAUGUGUUUCUGCUUCAAUGACUCUUCUGUUUUAGAUGAUGCAGAUGAUGGUUGCAACAGGCCGUGCACUGAUAAUGAUAAACAGCUAUGUGGUGGGGGACGAGAUGUCUUUACAGUUUUUAAUGUAUCAGCAGGAUUCUGCCCCGAGAUCUCUGGCGUCAAUCUGAACGUGUAUGGAAGGUACCGAUUUGGUGACAUAGUGAGGGCGAAUUGUAGUGGUGGCAAACAGCUGAUGGGCGAUGCUGUCUUGCAAUGUGUGGGCGGUCCUGAUGUAUUUCAAUGGAAUGGUACCAUUCCGACAUGUGUAGAUGGUACCACAAUAGGACCAAUAGUUACCUUUUCUCCAAUAACUCGGCCUUUAGGGAUGAGUACAACACUCCAACCAACAGGUACAAGAGGUGAAAAAGUGACAGAUAUUUCACCAACCAUGUCAACGGUAAGCGGUAUGGGGAUGGGAGCUAGAUCGGACUCCAAAUCUUUAGCUGUUCCAAUAACUGUGUCUGUUAUCAGUGUGGUGAUUAUAGCAGUUCUUGCUACAUCCAUAUUCUUCUACUUCAACAGAAUGAGGAAGAAAGAAUCUGAUAUGAAACCAGAACCGACGCGUCGAGAAUCGGAGUUCAACAACAAGAGUUAUAGUAUGCACAAAAUUCCCAACAACGAUGGGCCAAGUUACUAUGAAGUUAAACCAAAUACACUUGCACCAUACACAAUAGGUACUGAUGGUCUCAUAAACAAUGUUCUAUACAAGCCAGCCGAUGAUGUCCGAAGAGAUACGAAUGAACAUGAACCUGAUAAGGGCUCUUCGCAAAAUCCAUCUCAGUACGGACUGAUUGACAAUAUUUUGUACAAACCAGCCGAUAAUAUCCGAAGAGACCCGAAUCUACAAAAACAUAAUCAGAUUUCACCAAAUGACACACCUCACUAUGGACUCAUAGACAAUGUUCUUUACAAACCAGUAGAAAACGCGGGAAACACACAAGUUCAUAACUUUCGUCAAUCUCCGAACGGCAACGAUCUUCCACCGAAUGAUUCCGAGUAUGCUUACCCAGAAGGAGAAACAUCUCGAGGCUUUCAUCAAGAAGGAGAAAUGAUUGAUAACAUACUCUACAAACCAGCUGAUAACCAAACGAGACAACCUGAUUUUGCUUCAAGAAAAUACUAUGAAAUCAAACCAGGAUUUACUCCUGACGGUUACGAAGGAGCUGAUCCUCUAUUUUCAGGGAACAUUGUCACGGACGGACCAAGGUAUCAUGACAUCGAACCCCAGUCAGAACCCACUCCGUCACGUACCAAAUUCACUGGAUACGACUCUGUACACGGCAUCGACGACGAUGCUUCAGAGAUUACGACCUCAGAUCGUAGUGGCCAGCGACUUGUAGUUCGCUCAGAUGACCUAUCAUCAGCGAGUCAUGAAUACGUCGAUAACGAUGGGGACUUCGCAUCAAAGAAUCCUUCUACAGAUGGUGCUACUUCUCCCUUUGAGAAGAACAAACCCUUUCCUAGCUAUGCCACUGUACAGAAGAAGUCAUAAACCAUCUCAAAGUCUGCGCUAGUGGACUAGAAGCCUUGCAAAGUAAUGCUUUACUCUUCGUUAAAUAAUGUACGUUUCACAAUAUGAUAAUGUUAAUACUAUUAACAAUGAUAAUAUUGAAUUUAUUAAAUUCAUAAAGACAAUAAGCUAA